AUGCAGACCCAUUCUCUUCCACGUUUGCUCUUUGUGCUCACGUCAACGAUUGCAUGCAUCCAAGCAAGGAGCACAUCUCGGGGUCGCAUGCCAUCUAGUGGCUUUGGCAUACCUGGGGUCGACGCAUCGUAUGAUUAUGUCGUAAUUGGUGGAGGCACUGCUGGUAUCACAAUUGCCUCACGGCUUGCUGAAAAUCCCAGUGUAUCGGUGGCAAUCGUCGAGGCAGGAGGGUUCUAUGAGGUAGACAAUGGAAACUUCAGUGUCGUUCCUGGCCUCGCAUUAUCUGCUCCCUUUCUUGGAACCGCGGUACCUUUCCAGCCGCAGCCUCUCGUGGAUUGGGGACUCGUCUCAACUGUGCAGGCUGGUGCCGGUGGACGGCAGAUUCAUUAUGCCCAGGGGAAAAAUUUGGGGGGUGGUUCGGCGUUGAAUUCAAUGGCUUUCCAUCGGGCAACCAAUGGCACGUAUCAGCGAUGGGCAGAUAUUGUGGGGGACGAGUCAUACACUUUCGCCAACCUCUUGCCGUAUUUUAUGAAAUCGGUUCACCUGACACCACCUAACAAAGCAAAGCGCAACACCCAUAACGCGACGACUUUAUAUGACCCAAGCGUUUUCAGCCGUUCUGGUGGACCUUUGCAGGUGUCCUGGAGCAACUGGGUCGACCCUCCUUUCACGUGGUUCCAGCAAGCUUUCAAAGCAAUUGGCCUACCGAUUAGUCCAGUAAACUUCAACAGCGGCAUUCUCUCUGGUUUUGCGGCCUGGAUUCCCUCGACAAUAUCUCCCAGCGAUGCUACUCGCUCAUCCUCGCAAACUUCUUUCCUGACUCAAUCAAUCGAAUAUCCGAACUUGGUCGUUUACACUCAGACCAAAGCAACCCGUAUACUGUUCAAUGGCACUGUUGCGUCGGGGGUUUCUGUCUCUACACAGGGGGUAAAUUUUACUUUAUCAGCCAAGAAAGAGGUCAUCCUCUCGGCGGGAGUAUUUCAUUCACCCCAACUUUUGAUGUUAUCAGGUAUUGGACCAAAUGAAACCUUGUCACAAUAUAACAUCUCUGUUAUAUCUGACCUUUCUGGCGUGGGUCAGAAUUUAUGGGAUCAAAUAAUUUUCCCUGUCGUCCACGCAAUGGAUAUCCCGACCAGUGCACAACUCAUUACGGAACCUCAAUACUCCCAGAAAACCUUACGACAAUAUUUGAAGCAUAAAGCAGGUCCUCUGAGCGCAGAGAACGGUUUCAUCGCAUUCGAGAAGAUUCCAGAAAGUCUCCGAAGCAAUUUCACCGCUGCGGCGCUCUCAGAUCUGGCCUCGUUUCCCUCCGAUUGGCCGGAAGUUGAAUACGUCUCGAACAGUGGCGUGGGCGUGGGUUACUUGCUCGCGACGCUUGCAGCUUCUGUAUCGAGAGGCCACGUAACGAUGAGUAGUGCAGACGCUUCCGUUCCACCAGUAAUCAACCUAGGAUGGCUGAGUGAUCCAAACAAUACGGAUGCACAAGUGGCUGUUGCAGCAGUAAAGCGUAUACGAAAAGCUUGGGCAUCGAUUUCCGCAAUUACUACAGGCCUCGAGCUAGUUCCAGGCCCCAGUGUGGCAAGCGAUGUAGAGAUUUUGGCCUAUAUCCGUGACUCUACGUCAACGAUAUAUCAUGCAGCUGCAACUUGUAGCAUGGGAAAACUUGGCGCUCCAGGCGCAGUCGUAGAUUCUAAGGCUCGUGUAUUUGGUGUUCAGGGAUUGCGGGUGGUAGACAAUUCCGUGGCGCCUUUUGCCGUGCCGGGACAUCCACAGUCUACUGUGUACAUGUUAGCGGAGAAAAUAGCGGAUGUAAUUCUAAAAGGGAAGUGA